AUGGUCAACGUUGUCAUCUCGUCGCCUUUCAUUCUACCAUCACCACGAUAUAUGAACAUCAAGCUGACCAUGUUGAUGACCACAGGCGAGAGAGAAGAUUCGUAUGUUGACGAAAGCCAACAUCAUCAUACCCACGCUCCAGCUGUUGGUGCUUCUACGGCGCCAGGUCUCGAUGCACAGGAUUCCCGGCCGGCCCUCGUUUUCGACAGCCCCUACGGCGGCUACGCAAGCGGUGCGCCUCUGCCGCCGAUGUCUUCCUCGGUGGCGAUUGCACACAGUGCCGGCAGCGUGAGCGGCAGUGCGGGCGCCAAAAAGGUUGUACCGCAGCCAGACGGCCUGUUCCCUGAUGUUCCUGAGGCAAAGAAGCGCAAAUUUGUUCUGGUUGAAGACCGUGGAUCGCGGCUGCGUGUGCGCGUAACGCUGAACAUGGUUGACACAAGCGAGAUCCCGGACUCCUUCCGUCGCUCGAAUGCCGUGUGCCCGGGCUCGUUUUUCCCGCGUGAGAUGGAGAGCCCGCCCCCCAGUCCCACGGGCCGUCGCUUCUUCGUCCACGACCAAGAUGACGUCGAGGACCUGAACCUGGACAACGAGGGCGCCGAGGUGGAGGCUAGCGGCGAUGCUGGGGCUAGCCGCAGACGCCGUCAGCACCACCGCCUGCGCAUGGCCAUGUCAGGGGGCAGCGAUAGCCUGCACGGCACGUCGACAAUGGUCACAGUUCCGGUGGGCGAUGGUGUCGAGACAGAGGUGGCCAUGCCGCGGAUGCGCAAGGCACUGCGUCGCAAGCAGGUGCGACUCAAUGACCUGGGCUGCCUGGACACUUACCGUAGCAAGACUUGCAACGGCAUCCAGGCGUCCAUGCACGACGUCAGCGAGAUUGCGCCGCACUACGAGAUGCGCGUGGGCAAGAAAAAGUGGCUGUCUUGCGAGCGCGAGAUUGAGCUGCGGCAGCUCAGCCAGACGUGA